CGUGCGUGGUUGCGUCAUCACGCUCGCCCAGCCUGAACGCCUUCGCGCGCUGACGUCGCGGGACCCGCAUAACAUGGCGACGGGGAUCCGCGUGUGACAGGCGCAUGGGCAGCAGCAGCCAGCAGCAACAGCGUUGUCAGCUCAAAGCAUCCUCUCGGUGUCGCGGUCCUCAACAGCGAUAAAAUCUCGCGCCUCCGCAGGGCGGUCAGCUUCCAUAGUUUGUACUCGAGCAGCAGGCGGCCGCCGCCGACGACGCCUUCUUGUGCUCUCCGUUUCAUUGAGCGUGACUUUCCCAUAUCCUGCAAGAACAGUGGACCAAAAAGACAAGCAAGUUAAGCAGAGCACGGCAUGAGCUCAUCUGUCUGCAUGGAACAGGCCCCACUCCUCAAAGUCCCAGCCAUGCUUGGCACGUCGGGGCCAGCGCAUCUCUCGUCGCCGGGCUUUGGCAACGACACGCAGACCGCCCUCCCUGCAGCGCCCAAGGGUGGUGUCGGGGGCCUGGUGUACGGCUCGAUGCUGGGCCAGCAGAACACGGCGUCAACAACAUCUGGCGCUCGCCUCGGGGCCCCCGUCCCAUCCGUGGUCGACUUCUACGCCGGCAAGAACGUGAUGGUGACGGGCGCCACGGGGUUUCUGGGCAAGGUGCUGGUGGAGAAGAUCCUGCGCUCGUGCCCCAUGCUGGGGUCGCUGUACGUGCUGGUGAGGCCGAAGGAAGGGCAGAGCCCCGAGGAGCGCAUCAAGCUCAUGACCUGCUGCAAGCUCUUCGACCGCCUGCGGCAGGAGCAGCCUGAAUUCGAGGCUAAGAUCAUCCCGGUGGACAGCGAACUGACGCAGCCCAAGCUGGGAAUCUCAACUGCAGAUGAGGACCACCUCGUUGCCACCAUCAACGUCAUCUUCCACUGCGCUGCCACCAUCCGCUUCAACGAGCCUCUCAAGCACGCCCUGCAGCUGAACGUCGUCGCAACGCAGCAGCUGCUGGCACUGGCUGAGCGCAUGCAGCACCUAGAGGUGUUCCUGCACACGAGCACGGCCUACGCCAACUGCAACCGCCGAAGCAUCGACGAGGUGGUGUACCCGCCACCCGUCGACCCGUACAAGCUGCUCGAGGCCGUGCAGUGGAUGGAUGAUGGCAUGGUGCGCGACAUCACCGCACGCCUCAUCGGAGACCGGCCCAACACCUACACGUUCACCAAGGCCCUGGCCGAGUGCAUGGUGCAGCAAGAGAGCAGCAAGAUCAACGUGGCCAUCGUCAGGCCCUCCAUCGUCGGGGCCAGCUGGCAGGAGCCCUUCCCCGGUUGGAUUGACAACUUCAAUGGACCAAGUGGACUCUUCAUUGCUGCGGGCAAGGGCAUCCUGCGCACGAUGCGGGCCAGCAACGACGCAGUGGCCGACCUGGUGCCUGUGGACACGGUGGUGAACGUCAUGCUGGUGGCCGCGUGGUACUCGGCCGUGCACAGGCCAAGGAACACCCUGAUCUGUAACUGCACCACUGGAGAAAUCAACCCCUUUCACUGGGGACAGAUUGAACACCACGUGAUUUCCACGUUCAAGCGGAACCCGCUGGAGCAAGCGAUCCGACGGCCCAACGUUAACCUCACGUCCAACCACCUCAUCAACCAGUACUGGAUCGCCGUGAGCCACAAGGCGCCCGCCUUCCUCUACGACCUGUUUCUCAGACUGUGCGGCCAGCAGCCCAGGAUGAUGCGCAUUGUGAACCGGCUGCACCGCUCCAUGAUGCUGCUCGAGUACUUCACGAGCCACUCGUGGGUGUGGGGCUCGGACAACCUCACCAUGCUGCUGGGCCAGCUCAGCCCGGAGGACCGCAAGAUGUUCAACUUCGACGUGCGUCAGCUGCACUGGCCCGAGUACAUUGAGAACUACUGCAUGGGGACCAAGAAGUACCUCCUCAACGAGGAGAUGUCAGGGCUGCCCGCGGCCAGGCAGCACCUCAAAAAGCUGCGCAACAUCCGCUACACAUUCAACACAGCGCUGGUCGUCAUCAUCUGGCGCAUAUUCAUCGCUCGAUCUCAGAUGGCGCGCAACAUCUGGUAUUUUGUCGUGAGCCUUUGCUACAAGUUCCUGUCGUACUUCCGGGCAUCCAGCACCAUCCGCCGCUAGUGUGCAGUGGGCACUGCCCGCACACUGGCUCCUUUUUUUGGCCUCCCUAUGUAUGCAUCUGUGUUGAACUUCUUUCGCACCGUACGUAGCCAACCGUGCUAAUCGGAGGUGCGGGGGAAGGACAACAAACGUGCCCACAUAGCGACACUCAAACCUACCCUCUCCCACGUUGACCCCCCAAGAUGAUACACUCUGGCCGGGCUUGCCCGAGUCUCAUGUACGAACCUGCAGUAAAGAAGCCACCUGCCACACAGAGGCUUCUGUCAACCUUGUGUUCCACCAUCACAGCAAAACAUAAUCCAACAGAGUAAUUUGUUUUUAAGUUGAAAAAAAGCUGCAGUACGCGCCGUACCUGAAUUCGUUUAUUUUUCUUUUGUGACGCCGCUCAAAAUUUAAAAGUAACAAUUCGAACUGGCCUUUUUGCUGCACGUUUACGCUAAACUAAAGUGUGUAUGGCUUGGCACCCCCGCAGAGGAGAUGUCAUCUUCUCACAGUGGAUGUUGGAUUCAGCCUCGAAAAAAUCCAUUGCGAUUGAGGAAAACCGCGACACCUGCCCCCGGCAGACUCAACACUGCCCCCGGCAGACCCAACGCUGCCCCCGGCAGACCCAACACAUAGCAUCGGCUUCAUCGCCGGUUUCGGAUGUUUGCUGUACAGCAGUACGUCGCAUAUUCGACUCGCUGGGAACUUUGGUUUAGGUGCAUAUGUGAAAAGGUCUGAUAUGUGAAUAUUUACAGAGAAUGACAGUUAACAACCACCAUGCACAAAUGGGUUACUGGACGAAGAAUGGAGCACAAAGCUCCUUCAAGUAUAGGCGAAAUGCUUUACUGUGCUUUUAACAGUAAGUGAAUGUGCAUCAGAUUAGGAAAAUAAAUACUGCACUGGGUGUGGGCAAUUAAUUGGUCAGGGUGGAUUAGCAAUGUCUGAUAUUCGACGUUGUACCAUAAGGCUGUACACGUGUCACUUGUUUUUUCAGACAACAAAUGUGUCCCUGCAUUUAAGUGGCUUUCAUAAUUUUAACAAUGUUCAACUAUUUUUUUUAAGUCUUCAAAAUUUGCAGUUUUUUCCAUGUUGCAUUAUAAAUGACUUUAUUGCA